GGCGCUACUCCAGCUCGCGGCUCCCGGCACUUGGAGCUCGCUCUCUCCAGCCGCCCCUCUGCUCGGGGAAGGGGCUCGGCGGCGACGCGGGUGCAGACGCGGGGCCACGGAGGGAAACGUGGCCCCAGCCAAGCCAGGGCGGACCCCUCCUACCAAGAGCUCCUGCCUGUAGCUGGAAGCACCCACUGCCUUCCCCGCUCGGAGAGGCUGUCCAGCCAGAGGGUAGGCAUGGUGAGGCUGGGAGGCCCCUGCCUCUGCAGCUGCCUGGCUGUGCUCUCCCUCCUCCCCUGGCGGAGCCUGGCGCAGUACGAGAGCUGGCCCCACUACCCAGAGUACUUCCAGCAGCCCGCGCCCGAGUACCACCGGCCUCAGGUGCCCUCUGAUGUCGCCAAGAUCCAGCUGCGCCUGGCGGGGCAGAAGAGGAAGCACAGUGAGGGGCGGGUGGAGGUGUACUACCAAGGCCAGUGGGGCACCGUGUGCGAUGAUGACUUCUCCAUCCACGCUGCCCACGUCGUCUGCCGGGAGCUGGGAUACGUGGAGGCCAAGUCCUGGACGCCCAGCUCCUCCUACGGCAAAGGGGAAGGGCCCGUCUGGUUGGACAAUGUCUACUGCACCGGCAAAGAGGCAACCCUCGCAGCCUGCUCCUCCAAUGGCUGGGGUGUCACCGACUGCAAGCACACAGAAGACGUGGGUGUGGUGUGCAGUGAGAAAAGGAUUCCUGGGUUCAAAUUCGACAAUUCGUUGAUCAACCACGUAGAGAACCUGAACAUCCAGGUGGAGGACAUCCGGAUCCGAGCCAUCCUCUCCGCCUACCGCAAGCGUACCCCCGUGACGGAGGGCUACGUGGAGGUGAAGGAGGGCAAGGCCUGGAAGCAGAUCUGUGACAAGCACUGGACGGCCAAGAACUCCCGCGUGGUCUGCGGCAUGUUCGGCUUCCCUGGGGAGAAGACGUACAACACCAAAGUGUACAAAAUGUUUGCGGCCCGAAAGAAGCCGCGCUACUGGCGGUUCUCCAUGGACUGCACGGGCACGGAGGCCCACAUCUCCAGCUGCAAGCUGGGCCCACAGGUGACGCGGGACCCCGUGAAGAACGUCACCUGUGAGAACGGGCUGCCAGCAGUGGUGAGCUGCGUGCCUGGCCAGGUCUUCAGCCCCGAGGGACCUUCGAGAUUCCGGAAAGCCUACAAGCCAGAGCAGCCCCUGGUGCGGUUGAGAGGUGGUGCCAACAUCGGGGAGGGCCGCGUGGAGGUGCUCAAGAAUGGCGAAUGGGGUACCAUCUGUGAUGACAAGUGGGACCUGGUGUCUGCCAGCGUUGUCUGCCGAGAGCUGGGCUUUGGAAGUGCCAAAGAGGCCGUCACUGGCUCCCGGCUGGGGCAAGGGAUAGGACCCAUCCAUCUCAACGAGAUCGAGUGCACUGGGAACGAGAAGUCCAUCAUUGACUGCAAGUUCAAUGCCGAGUCCCAGGGCUGCAACCACGAGGAGGAUGCUGGUGUGAGAUGUAAUACCCCUGCCAUGGGCUUCCAGAAGAAGCUGCGCCUGAACGGGGGCCGAAACCCCUUCGAGGGCCGGGUGGAGGUGCUGGUGGAGAGGAAUGGGUCCCUUGUAUGGGGGACCGUGUGCGGCGAGAACUGGGGCAUCGUGGAGGCCAUGGUGGUCUGCCGGCAGCUGGGCCUGGGGUUCGCCAGCAACGCCUUCCAGGAGACCUGGUAUUGGCAGGAAAACAUCAAUGCCAACACAGUGGUCAUGAGCGGAGUGAAGUGCUCGGGAACGGAGCUGUCCCUGGCGCACUGUCGCCAGGAUGAGGACGUGGCCUGCCCCCAGGGUGGAGCACAUUAUGGGGCUGGAGUCGCCUGCUCAGAAACCGCCCCUGACCUGGUCCUCAAUGCGGAGAUUGUCCAGCAGAGCACCUACCUGGAGGACCGGCCCAUGUUCAUACUCCAGUGCGCCAUGGAGGAGAACUGCCUCUCGGCCUCGGCUGCCCAGACCAACCCCACCACGGGCCACCGGCGGCUGCUGCGCUUUUCCUCCCAGAUCCACAACAAUGGCCAGUCCGACUUCCGGCCCAAGAACGGCCGCCAUGCGUGGAUCUGGCAUGACUGCCACAGGCACUACCACAGCAUGGAAGUGUUCACCCACUACGAUCUCCUGAACCUCAAUGGCACCAAGGUGGCAGAGGGCCACAAGGCCAGCUUCUGCUUGGAGGACACGGAAUGUGAAGGAGACAUCCAGAAGAAUUACGAGUGUGCCAACUUUGGCGAGCAGGGCAUCACCAUGGGCUGCUGGGACGUGUACCGCCAUGACAUCGACUGCCAGUGGGUGGACAUCACUGACGUGCCACCUGGAGACUACCUGUUUCAGGUUGUCAUUAACCCCAACUACGAGGUGGCAGAGUCUGACUACACCAACAACAUCAUGAAGUGCAGGACCCGCUACGACGGCCACCGCAUCUGGAUGUACAACUGCCACAUAGGUGGUUCCUUCAGUGAAGAGACGGAAAAGAAGUUUGAACACUUCAGUGGACUCAUAAAUAACCAGCUCUCCCCGCGGUAAGGCAGCUGCGGGCCGCUCCCGCCUGCGGGCUCUGACUGAUGGACGCCACCCUCCCCUCGUCCGCCCGCCCGCCCGCCCGCCCGCCGUCCGGACCCUGCGGCCACGGCCACGCUCAGGAGGACGGGGUGCCCCUGACUUGCUGGGGCUGCUGCAGAGCCCGGCGGCCUCCGGGAGGGAGUGUCCGCAGGCCGUGGGAGCAGCGCACCAGCCAUCCUGUCCGGGACCCCCAGUUGUCAUCAACGUGUCCCAUCCAAACCACCGCCCCCCAAGCCUGACACCAACCACCCUGCUCUGCUGACCACUGAUAACAUGGGGCCAGUUCCUCCUCAGGUGCCACUUUGGCGACGCCAGCUUAAACCUGAGGGGUCAGGCUGAUGCGCUUCUCCUCCUCUUAGGUCGUUUCCAGCCAACUUGAAUGUGUAGAGCUCUCUUCCAGCUACACUGCCUCUCCCCCCUCCGUCCUACCCAUGUAUAAAAUAAGCUGCCACAUGUUUUCUGAGAGGUGAGCUCAGAGUUGGUGCUUCUCCCCGCACCCCCUGCUUCCUAUUUUCAAGACAUUAUUAUAUUUUCAUGGACUUUGACACACAAAGUAGUGGUAUUUAAUAUUGGCGAUCUAGGCCUUUGAAAAUAUAGCUCAAAGGAAAACCCGCCCACCUGUGUGGCUCCCGUUUCUGUCCUUGCGAGGCGGCGGGUAACUGCUAACGGUGCUAUAACCAGGGUCCUGGGUGACGAGGACACUCGCGGAACACCGUGUCAUCACGGACACUUACACAUACUUGAAACUUGGAAUAAAACAUUGACGACGUG